AUGCAAGCGUGGGUAAAGACUGGGCGGGAGCAAGGCAAAACAAGUUUUGCCUUCCUUGAAGUCAAUGAUGCCAACUGCCCUCCUAAUGUGCAGGCAAGAAUUCCUCUUUGUUUGCGGUCUCUAAUGAGACUGGUGACAGGAGCUAACAAUAACAGUGCUGAUGCUACUACUGAUGGAGUAGCUGCUAGGCUUAAUUCUAUUAAAUCAAGUGGAAAUACCAAAACUGAACCCACUCCUGGGAGGACCCUCAGUAGUGUUGCAUAUUUGCAAGUGAGCGAUGGUUCUUGCGCUACCACUCUGCAGGUUGUAGUGGACUCUUCAAUGGCCAAUCUAAAAGAGCUAACACCAUCAGGAUCCUCUAUUGUAGUAGAGGGGGUGCUGAAAGAGAUACCAGAUGCAACAAAGAAGAAGGUUGAACUGAAAGUUCAAAAGAUUUUGCAUGUUGGAACUGCUGAUCCUGCCAAGUACCCAAUCACAAAGACAAGAUUGCCAUUGGAAUUUCUGAGAAACUAUGUGCACCUGCGACCCCGUACUAACACGAUUUCAUCAGUGGCUCGAAUUCGUAAUGCUCUGGCAUAUGCAACCCAUACAUUUUUCCAAAAUCAUGGCUUCAUUUAUGUGCAUACACCCAUCAUCACAACUAGUCAUUGUGAGAAUGCAGGUGAGGCAUUUCAAGUCACAACACUGUACAGUGAAGCAGACAGACUAGAAAGGGAACUGAAGGCACUGCACCAUCCUACUGAAGCUGACAUUCAAGCUGCGAAGGAUGCUGUUAAACAGAAAACAGAAGACCUGCAAGAGCUAAAGAAGAAUAACAGUGAUAAGGCCUCUAUAGACAAUGCUCUUGAAGAACUCAACAAGGCAAAAGCUUUUCUUUCAAAAUUGGAAGAAACGACUAAACUGAAACCAGGACUUCUUCAAAAGGAUGGCAAAUUUGACUAUUCCAUAGAUUUCUUCUCUCGGCAGGCAUACUUAACUGUCUCUGGUCAACUUCAUGUGGAAAGCUUUGCCCACGGCCUUAGUAGUGUGUACACGUUUGGGCCAACUUUCAGAGCUGAAAUCUCUCCGAGCAGAAGACAUCUUGUAGAGCAUUGGAUGGUUGAGCCAGAAAUUGCAUUUGCAGAUCUAGAGGAUGCUAUGAAUUGUGCAGAAGACUUGUUGAAAUUCUUAUGUCAGUGGUUGGUUGACAACUGCAUGGACGACAUGAAAUUCAUGGCAAAUCAAUUUGAUAAAAUUCUUUUCGAUCGUCUCCGUCUAGUGACUUCCAAUUCCUUUGAACGAAUUACCUAUACAGAGGCAGUUGAUAUUCUGAAAAAGAAUGUCAAGUUUGAGAGCACGAUAGAGUGGGGUAUGGAUUUCAAUGUCGACCAGGAGAGAUUCUUGGUGGAAGAAGUUUUCAAGAAACCAAUGAUUGUUUAUAAUCAUCCCAAACAAAUCAAGUCCUUUUCCAUGCGUCUCAAUGAUGAUGGAGUGACAGUCGCUUCCAUGGAUGUGCUUGUUCCAAAGGUAGGAGUAUUGAUGUCUGGAAGCCAACGGGAGGAGCGAUAUGAAGUUCUUGAGAAACGAUUGAAUGAACUUGGGUUGCCAUUGGGCCAUCGUGCAUUUUCUGACUGUCAUGCAAUUUUGCAACAGAACCAAAUUUUCACCUUUCACAAACAUUGA